CUCCCCCUUCACUGGCUGACCGUUUGCUCGCUCAUUCUCUUCGCGCGUUUUCUUUCUUCAAUCUUCUCUCUCCUCUCUCUCUCUCUCAUGGAGAUUGAAGGCGAAGAAGGUUCGAAGGUCAUGCUCAAAAGAGCUUCAACGGCGACAAUCUUCGGCCGAGGACUAGGGUUCGACACCGACGACCGAAGCGUGUCGCGCAAGCACCUUCUCCUCCAAGCCGGCGACGACGGGACGGCGGAGCCUAGGGUUUCGUUCCAGGUCCUGGGGAAGAACCCGGUGUGGGUCCGGAGCGGUAGCGGCGGAGGGGUCCGGGUGUAUCGGAGGUCGGAGAGCGGCGGAUUCGGAGCCGGCGACCGGUUCUGUAUCUCGGGGAGGAGGCCCGUUUGGUUUGAUCCGAGGAAGAUUGAAGAUGGAGGCGGAGGUGGAAGUGGAAGCAAGAGGAAUUCGGAAUGUGAGAGCGAAUUGGCAGAGAGUGCUGAAUCUGUUGAUGUGUCGAGUAUUGACCCUGUGAAAGAGUUUGGUUUUCUCGUGAUUGGACAUGAGUUUGAUCAAUAUCCUAAGCAAAUGCUUUGCAAUGCAAAGCAUUGGGAUUGGUUUCUCGAGGACCUGAGUAAAGGCAGUGAUGAUGAUAGUGGGGACGAAGAUGAAGGGACAAAAGCGAAGCGCAGAGGUAGGAGAAAGAGGAGACAGGUUGAGGGCAAUAAUGGAUAUGAUGAUGAGUGGACUGGCGAGAGCGAAGACGAGAAGGAUGAUUUGGCUACUGUGAGAAAGGCUAAAAAACCAUCUUACUGGACAAGAUCCAAGGACAACAGGAAAGUGAAACCCCCCAAGAGUACAAGAAGUGAUCAAACAUCUCAGAAGAAGAGAAGUCCUCGUUCAGAGGAUGAAGAAGACGAUGAAACGCUGGGAGGGUUCAUUGCAGAUGAUGAGGAUGUUGAAGGAGAACAAGAAGAAGAAAGUGAGGAUGAGGAAGAGGAAGAGGAAGAGGAGGAAUUCGUUGAUGAUGAGGAGGAUGAAUAGUUCAAGUAAUUUACUUGGGAUGUGAGAAACUUUGACGUGCAUAGCUGACAUGAAUAUUAUAUGUUUCAUGUAAACCCUGUAAUCUAGUCUUUUCGCAGUUCUUGCGUUUAGUGUUAGAAGUCCUGUGCCAUAGGCUGUCACUGACUCUUAUGUUGUGAGAUAUGUUUUUUGGGAGAUAAUAAUAAAUCGUUCUUCGUUUAUGGGUA